CAAGCGUUUAUGUGAUCAUGAUCAUCUUGCAACGUGCCCUGUCACCGAAAAUGAAACUAGAAACAUUCAUUAUUGUUUUUACUUCAGUAUCAUAUGCAAGAGAUUUAACUAAAGAAAAUGGACAUCUAAAACCAUUUGGAUAUGCAAAUUCUACUCUUAAAUGCGAUGAAGUUGAGAAAUUCCCGCCACCUGAUGUAUUUUUCAGGGAUUAUGUUUUUCCAAAGAGACCCCUUGUUAUGAGAAAUGCAGCCAAAAUUUCCCCAGCUUUCAAAUUGUGGACAGAUGAUUAUUUUCUUCAAGUUGAUGAACCAAGGACUCAUGUUGUAUCGGUGGAAACUGAAAAGAAGGAAAAUCGUAAGCAGGAUGUGCAUGAUAUGCCGUUUACAGAAUUUGUGGGCAGUUACAAUAAUUCAGGGAUAUACAUGGUGAACCCUGUACCAAAAUUCAUUAGUCAGGAUAUCAUUGUCCCUUGUUGUAUGCAGUGUCCAUUUAUAAUGGAAGGGAAACUAGUGGAAAAUAUAAUGUGGUUCAGUAGUGGGGGUACUAAAUCUGUUGUUCACACAGAUUCUGUAGAAAACAUCAAUUGUCUGUAUCGAGGAGACAAGCAGUUUGUGAUGGUAGACCCAGAUAAAUAUGGAGACAAGGUAGUAAAAUGUUACAGUGUUGACUACACAAAGUACCCUGGCUUGGCUGAUGUGGAAUUCUACACCAUUAACUUAACAGCAGGGGAUUGUCUUUUUAUUCCAUAUAAAUGGAUUCACCAGGUGCGGUCCUUUGACAGUAACCUGGCAGUCAAUAUCUGGUGGAAUCAUUUCAUUCCAAAAGAUGUAUCACUGGAAUCCUGUAACGCAGAGUGUGACCUUCAGCUGACCUUGAAAACCGCGGAAUUCCGGGGAUUUGAUCAAGUCAUGGAGAGUGUUGAUGCCAUCAAAGACCAUAUUUACUCUCUUCUUUCAAGACUAAAAACAUGUGAUUAUAAUUCAUUUCUAAAAGGUUUAAUUGGGGAUGAUAUUGAAUUUUUGGGAAACAACAACAUUCCUUAUGAUUCCUUGAUGAGGAAGAUGUUCCAGGAGAUAGAUAUAAAUAAAGAUGGAUCCACCAACGAGGAAGAAGUAGACAAGGUGGAGGAGCAGAAUUGGCUGAGAGUGCAGCAGAUAAUGGAUGAACUGAGUCGCCUGAUUAAAGACGCGGAGAGUCUGGAUAAUGGAGUGUUCAGGUUCAAGGACGAGUUAUAGAGGCCAAUCAAGGGGGACCAUUAAUUAUCUCAUUAGAUCUGAAACCUAGUCUAACUGCAAUGAAAUUCAUUUGUUCAUAAGAAUUUAUUGUUUAAUUUUGUUACCAAACAUAUUUUGAUACCAUGUAUUGGGUGUUUUUUAACAAACUAUUAACUUUUUAACCAACUAUUAUUUGUGUACAAGAAAUAUUCGUGAGUUUAGCGAUCCACUAUAACUCACAAAUAUUAAUUGCAGCAAACCAUUUAAUUUGCUUUAUAUUGGUGGAGAAUGUUUCCUUAGUAGCAAAAAUUAAACGUCACGGCCUGAUUGAAAACUGGCGACUUUAAAAAAAUAGUUGGUUUACAGUAUUCAAAUUUUAUUUCCUUUCAUCUUUACUUUUAUGAAGAGGUAAAAAUGUAAAUAUAGCAAUGAAAAUUUUAGCAAACUACUUAAAUUUAAAUAACUUAAAUAUACCAAAAGUCAUACCCUCACUAAAAUUC